AUGGUACUUCAUUUGGAGAAGUUUAAUUUGAUUCUGGGGAUGGACUGGUUUAAUGAACAUCAAGUCAACCUAGAUUGUGAGUACAAGAGGGCUACUCUAAAGACUUCUGAUGGUCAGACUGUGAGUGAGCGUCGAAGUUACCUCUCCAAUAUAGUUUCAGCCUUAGUUGCAGACCGGAUAAUUCACAAGGGUUAUGACAACUUCAUUUCUUGUAUCUUGAAUACUAGAGUCUCAUUAUCCAAGAUUGAGGAAAUCCAUAUAGUGAGCAAGUUUCCUGAGGUAUUUUAUGAGGAGUUGCCAAGGUUACCUCCAUAUAGGGAUGUAGAGUUUGAGAUUGAGACUUUUUCGGGUUCUGCCCAUGUUUCUAUGGCACCAUAUCAUAUGGCUCUGAAGGAACAUUAG